UUAGGCAGCUAAUUUGAGUUUGUUUGAAAACUGUGGGAGUACUAACAGAUAGGUAUAAAGCCGGCGAGCACUGUAGGAAGCGAACCAGUUUAAACUGUGCUUGUAAAGCACUUAGAUCGCGUUUUGAAAUCUUGUAACUUUAGUCUAAUUUAUUUAAAUAUGGAACGUUGGGUGGGCAAAGUUGCUGUUGUUACUGGAGCUAGUGCUGGAAUAGGCGAAUCUAUUGCCGAGAAAUUGGUGAAGGCUGGUGUUUUGGUUGUUGGACUGGCUCGUCGCGUCGAAAAAAUAGAAGCCAACGCAAAGAAACUCUCUAACUGCAAAGGAAAACUCUACGCAGUAAAAUGUGACAUGACCAAAGAGGAAGACAUUGUUAACGCCUUCCAGUGGACAACUAAAAAUGUCGGACUAGUGCAUGUCCUUGUAAAUAAUGCCGGCGGCAACCCAGGAACGAAUCUCAUUGAUGGUGAUACCUCUCGUUGGCGGCAAUGUUUCGAAACUAAUGUUAUUGGUCUCCUAUCCGCUUCCCGGGAAGCGAUCAAAAUCAUGCGCGCGAACAAUAUCGAGGGCCAAAUUGUGAAUAUCAGCAGCGUGCUGGCUCACGUAAACAUGUAUUUCCCCACAGUCAAUGUGUACGCCGCCACCAAACACGCUCUGAACAACUUGAACGAUGUAAUUCGACAAGAACUCAACAUGAAUAAACUUAAUAUCAAAGUAUGCAGUGUAAGCCCCGGUGCUGUAGACACAGAGUUUAUCAACGACGAUAACUGUCCGGCGGCGAUGCGCGCCAUGUUUGAUAGAACAACGUUUUUGAAGGCAGAAGAGGUAGCUGAUACCGUUAUGUAUGUUAUUGGUACUCCACCGAGUGUGCAUAUUAGCGAGAUGAUUGUACGACCACCCUUCUCUAUGUGUUAAAUAAAUAUGUUUUUAAUAACAA